GGAGGGGGCGGUCUCCGGCGGGAGCCGCCCGAGGGAGCGGCGGGGAGGAGCCGAGCCGACGGGACGCGCCACACACGGAGCCGCCGCCGCGAUCGGGCACGGAGGGACCAUGGACGACAUCUUCACCCAGUGCCGGGAGGGCAACGCCGUGGCCGUGCGCCUCUGGCUGGACAACACGGAGAACGACCUCAACCAGGGCGAUGACCACGGCUUCAGUCCCCUGCACUGGGCCUGCCGCGAGGGCCGCUCCAGCGUGGUCGACAUGCUGGUCAUGCGAGGGGCGCGCAUCAACGUCAUGAACCGGGGGGACGACACCCCGCUGCACCUGGCUGCCAGCCACGGCCACCGGGACAUUGUCCAGAAGCUGAUCCAGUUCAAGGCCGACAUCAACGCGGUGAACGAGCACGGGAACGCCCCCCUCCACUACGCCUGCUUUUGGGCCCAGGAGCAGGUGGCUGAGGACCUGGUGGCCAGCGGGGCUCUCGUCAGCAUCUGCAACAAAUAUGGGGAGACACCCCUGGACAAGGCCAAGGCGCCCCUGCGGGACUCCCUGAAAGAGCGAGCAGAGAAGUUGGGCCAGAGCCUCACGCGCAUCCCCUUCAAGGACACCUUCUGGAAGGGCACAACACGGACGAGACCUCGCAAUGGGACUUUGAACAAACUGGCUGGCAUCGACUUCCGGCAGCUGACCCUGGGACACAAGCUCAACGAGAACCAGUCUGGAGAGCUCUGGGAAGGGCGCUGGCAGGGAAACGGCAUCGUCAUCAAAGUGCUCAAGCCCCGAGACUGGACGACCCGCAAGAGCCGCGACUUCAAUGAGGAGUACCCCAAGCUCAGGAUCUUCUCCCACCCCAACGUGCUGCCGGUCCUGGGCGCCUGCCAGUCCCCUCCUGCUCCGCACCCCAUCACCCUCACCCACUGGAUGCCCUACGGCUCCCUCUACAACGUGCUCCACGAAGGCACCAACUUUGUGGUGGACCAGACGCAGGCCGUGAAGUUUGCUCUGGACGUGGCCCGGGGAAUGGCCUUCCUACACACCCUGGAGCCCCUCAUCCCACGCCACUAUCUCAACAGCCGCAGCAUCAUGAUCGAUGAGGACAUGACGGCCCGGAUCAGCAUGGCAGACGUCAAGUUCUCCUUCCAGUGCCCUGGCAGGAUGUAUGCGCCAGCCUGGGUGGCGCCGGAAGCUCUGCAGAAGAAGGCAGAGGAGAUCAACCGCCGCUCGGCCGACAUGUGGAGCUUCGCCGUUCUGCUGUGGGAGCUGGUGACGCGGGAAGUGCCCUUUGCUGACCUCUCCAACAUGGAGAUUGGCAUGAAGGUCGCCCUGGAGGGGCUGCGGCCCACCAUCCCCCCAGGCAUCUCCCCCCACAUUUGCAAGCUGAUGAAGAUCUGCAUGAACGAGGACCCAGCCAAGCGCCCCAAAUUUGACAUGAUCGUCCCCAUCCUGGAGAAGAUGCAAGAGAAGUGAGGGGGGAUGUGCUCUGCAGCCCCCCCAACCUGCCCACAAGUGCCUUGGGGAGGCGCUGUUGACAGGAAGCGCCACUUCCUCUUGAAACAAAACGGUACAGAAGGAGCCACCGCCUUGCCCCCCUCCCCUUUCGGGGCAGCUCUAUUUGGGGGGGGGUCCCUGCUGUAAGCUGCCCUGGCCUUUUAAGCUCCCCCAGCAAUGCUGCGCUGCCUUCCUCAGUGCCUAGCACCCCGUCCCCUCAGCGCGCAUCAGCAACGUCGCCUCGCACUCGGAGCCCACCGCCUGCCUCUGCGCUGCACGGUUUUUA